AUGGAAAAACUUCAGACCAAUCACCCCGGCGAUAUUAGAGACGCGAAGGUAGACCUAUUAAAGAACACGAAAUCGAUUGCCUUAAACGAUGUCGUACUCGGGCAAUACAUCGGUAACCCCGACUCUAAGGAUCCCAAAGAAAGGAUAGGUUACAGGGAGGAACCCUCGGUUCCCGACGACUCUCUCACGCCAACCUUUGCUCUCACUGUGUUGAGAAUAGAAAACGAACGCUGGAACGGAGUGCCUUUCAUUAACAGAGCCGGCAAAGGACUCAAUGAGAAGAAGACUCAAGUAAGAAUUCAGUAUAAAAAUGCCGAAGACGACCUUCAUGAUGGUCAGGCUGAAAGAAACGAGCUUGUCUUCAAAAUCACAGGUGAAGCGGUCGAGAUGAAGCUCGUGUCAAAGACUCCUGGUAUAACAUCCGAUAUCGAACCCAUCAAUGCUCACUUUACCUAUAGUGAGGAAUACGAGAAUUUGAAUAAUCCCGAGGCAUACGUAAGAUUGAUCUUGGACCGAUGA